AUGCGGCCGGACGCUGCUGUGCUGCGCCCGAAUCGGGAAACUGGGGGUCUUUUUCGGCUUGUCAAUUAUGCACGUCUAGUGACACCUAUUAUGCCUGCAGCCAUUAUGGAUGACAAAAGGAGGAGCUCGGCCGGUGGCCACUCUGCUUCCUCACACUCUCGAGGUCCCGUGUAUCAUCCCAAGGGCGCAUCUAAACGCAAUAUUUCCCCCAAGGACCAUCACCACCACUCCGCGGACCGUCCUCAGCAUCCGUCACUUUCCCGCGUCAAAGGUCGAAGAGAUAUGUUCACGCCGCCUCGAAUGAACGGGGUCUCGUGGCUGAAUGAUCAGUCACCUGUCAAAUCAGGCACCAGAACCCCGAAUCGGUCAUGCGGAACCCCCGAGCCUGGCACCCCUGCACUCGUCAACCCUGCCUCCGCCCUUCUACAAGAUUUACUGAAAGAACAACGCGCCCACCGAAGUUCAAGAGGGGCCAUGUCAGAUAAUUAUGAAAACGAGGCUCCCCGAACUCCAGAGACCACACGAAUGCAGGAAGAUACAGCAUCUGAGAAGGUCCGGAAAGCGAGUGAUGCUUUCUCCGCUGGCCAGAGGAAGCCAAAAGAGAUGGGCAUGCGAGAAAUGGACCAAUAUGUCUCGAAAAUGAACAAGCUUAAUUUCGACUUAAAGCUUGAGGUCUUCCAUCGCACCCAACAGAUGGCUAUAUUGGAGAAAAAGCUGGAACGAAUGGCACAGAUGGAAGAACAACUGGCUCAUAUGGAAGAGUUGGAAGCAGAAGUACAGGAGCUUCGAGCCACCGAAAAAAACAACGAAAAAUUGCGCGAAUCUAACGAACAGCUUCGUAGUGACCUCGACAAGCGAGACUUGGCUGUUACUGAAGCUGUCGAGCUCAUCUGCCAGUUAGAAUCGAAGCUCGAGAUGUUGGAGAAUGGCGGCCGAACCUCGAACACCUCCAUGCCACGGCCCCAGACUGCGGAUGGAUCCGAUAUUAUGACACCGAAAGCCCGUGCUGUCAUCGAAGUUCCAGAUAGGACAUCGUCGAGGCAAAAUCCAGGCGUGCUCGGGGUGGCUCAGCGCCAGACAUCUUCUGAGCUACGCAGACUCGGGAAAGCACCGUCCUUCCUACGAGAUGACCACAAAAGUACCGCUACUUUACGAAGCCUUUAUGCACCUGACGAAGAUAACUAUUCACGCUCUGCAUUGACUGAACUCACUAAAUCAGAGAGCUUCCAUACGACGAAUGAGACUAUAGAGCCCGAAUCGCCCAGACUGAGCGUUCUGAGUGAAUGCAGUGAACUCAACCCAUUGGAUACGCCUAUGAGAUGGCAAGAUUUUGAUCACCUCGAGAUCCCUGUUCGGGGACCAACAUCGACCACAGGCAGUUUGGAUAGCUAUGUUCCCCCCACUGGGCGCGAGGAAAGCAAGGAAGACCAAAUUGAUCGGUGGAUGCAGUCACGGGAGGACCCGAAUGAGACUAUCGUUACGAGACGCCGUAACCGAGCAUCAUCUGAUGCAACCAAUGUCGGCGUUCCUAAUAUUCCAGCACAGUUGUAUUCUCCCCAGCCACGCGGACGGGGACGACUAGAUCCGUCUCUUUUCGGGGGUGUCAGGCUUCCUCCUACCCCUGACACCAUGAGCACUGCAUAUGCUAUGGGUGCAAAUCGCUCGAAUGGGUCAUAUGGAUCAAAUGGAAGCAUUGAAGCCCGCAAGAACUCGCACACUGAGCAGGAUCCGUUCUUUACGCGGCGGGUUGCACGUCCUCGCUCUGCAGAGGAUAUUGCCAGUCAUCACAGCUUCGAUGGCAGCGAGGUCACAAACAGCAUGCAAACCCAUUUCGGUGAUACUCCGCGUCUCGGAUUCACAUCGGUUGAGUCCCGCACUAUAUUGCCUUCCUUCAAUGCCGUUUCUUCGAAAGCCAGCCAGAUUCUCGGGCCCGGAAGCCCUAACAACCCUGCCAUCGAGACCUUUGGCGAUAUGUUCCAAGGAGCAGCCAAACAAGCAUCAACUCCGACAAUCAAACGUGUUCGCAGUCCGCCCAUGAUCAUGACCCCAGAACCAAAAGACCAUGGCGGUGAAUCUUCACUACCGCUUACGCCCCAGGACUGGGUUGCCGCUGCAAAGCAAGGCCCUAGGUCUCGCAAGGGAAGAACGCGGGAAACCCGCCAUGAGACUCGGCAGAUGGACAUGUCACCACGAACUGUCAUUAGUCAAGCCGCAUUUCACGAUGACAGCAGCAUCGGCUCCGAUUCAAGCGAGCGCGAUCUUCCCGGUAUCCCAACUCUUGACAUGACAACCCUGGAUAUCCUAGCGCAACCUCUUAAUGUCCCCCAACCAGAACCCCUAUUCGAAGCCGAGCCUGAGACCCGUCGCCGCCUAAGUUUCCGUCCCCCUUUCUUCGGCCGUUCAACCAACAAUCCCAAUCGUCUCCAAGGUUCCCCGAUUCCCAACGACUUUGAAACCGAUUUCGAAGACGGCGCUCCAUCCCCCGUAAUCCCAAAAACCAGAACAAUGGGCGGCACUUCCCACAGACCCAGGUCUCAAAUAAACACCGCCCCCAACGAUCUAUACUCCAUCCAACGGAUCGCCAACGAAGAACCGCCUCCAGCCCUCCGAGCCAGAGGUCUUCCCCAGUCUUUCACGGACCCAACCAUCGCUGAGCACUCCGGCUCCGCAACAAUCUCAGGCCGUCCCUCCACAUCCCACGCCGCGGAACACAAGCGGCGCAGCUCACUGGGCAUCUUCAGCUGGAUGAAGAGCAAACGCUCUGAUUCUGUGGCUGGGUCAGAGAAAUCCACCGAUUCUGCACCGAAAGAGAACCGCGUUCCUUCGCGCCUGGCCUACGAGGCUACCUACGAGCCUAGAAUGUCCCGCGCUGAGACGCCGGACUCCAUGGAGGCUCACAUCUCCAGACCUUACCCAGAGCUCACAGUUACCGCUGAUGAGUUUGCCAGACGCCCCCGUUAUAUGGGCCGUCGUGCUCGUCGGGGUUGA